AUGACUUCGAUAUACACCCCACAAGGACCACCAACAUGGGGAUCUCCAGGCCCUCAAGUAGCCGUCAUGGCAUUACCAAUGAACUAUAGCGUGAUUAAACCUCCAGCCAAACAAUUAUACCCCCGUGGCUGGAUUACAGUUCCCAUUCUACAGCUCAUUUUUGCCGUCAUCAGUGCUGGCUUUACAGCAUUUCUCCUAUUUACAAACCUACGUAUUAGAGUUAUUCUUAUGAUUUGCGCCGUGAGUUCUGCCACCUCUGCGAGCGGCGCUUCGGAAGGGUUUCUUCAUAAACCCCACCGCUCCGGGAUCCCAGUAAAUUUCAAAGUUUGUCAAGGGAAAUUGGGAGCUGGACAAGUAUUUUUUAGGGAGCAUACAGAAAUUAUGCGUUCAUUCUCGGAGGACGUAGAGGCCAGCCCCCUGCUUCAAAGAGCUUGGGUUAAGCAAGAAAGACUUCUAUCUCGUCGUACGAUAGAUUUCACUUCGAGACAGAUAUACUGGACUUGUCGGAUGGCUAGGUUUUCAGAAGAUGGUCAGGACGAUAACGACGGAGGCACAGAGGCCAAUGCUCUGGUACAUUGUCUUGCAGCGAUGGAUGUCUUUAAAUCCUCGGACAGAACGCUGUUUGAGGAAUUGUUUUUCAGAGCUUGGGCUGAUUUACUAGAAGAGUACUCUACUCUUCAACUCACAUACGAAAGGGAUAGAUUGCCCGGGAUCUCUGGCAUAGCAACUAUUGGGAGCCAAGUCCUUCGCGGAGGAUACUUUUCAGGCAUAUGGGAAGCGAAUUUGCCGGAUGGGCUUCUUUGGAGCGCCACGAAAUAUCCUGCCGUGUUCACUUCUGAAAACCACGUUCCAUCUUGGUCAUGGGCUUCUGUUCUUGGUGGGGUCAACGCUGGUGGGCAUGAUCCCAAGGGGUCAAUGGUCGAAUUACGUGGUACGAGUCUUCAUAAAACCGGAAGACAGAUUCUACAUAUAUGGGGUAGGCUUCAUCAGUGCAAUGUAGAAACCGACCCACAACCGCCAGCACCACGCUGCCGAAGCGACCGGAAGUUGAAGGACCUACCAGUGGAAUAUCCUUCGUACAAGUUCAACCUACAUGCAGCGAUUAACCCUAAAGAAGCAGGAGUGCGUUUCGAAAACACUUGUAUUUUCGAUGGGCUGCGAGACGUGGAAUCGCAUUAUUACGCUCUGGGAGUUGCAUGUAGUGCGCAUGCUCGCAUAGAUCAACAUUAUGGAAUACUGCUUAGAAGGCUGGACGAUGGCGACAAUGACUUAUUCGAACGGGUUGGUAGAGUGUGGUCGACUGACCCUUCCUGGAGAACGCCAAAACCGACAACGAUAUCUUUUAUUUGA